CAAUACUAAAAACUUUCAUCGUUGAUAUCCAAUUUAAUCGCAGAUCUCUUAAAAUCCUCUUCUUCUUCUUCACUGUUUCUUUGAUCAUCAACCGCCUACCGUAUUCUGUUUUCUAAUUCUGCAAAGGCAAUGAAGCCAGGAGCUUCUUCAUUGAACCCCUAUGCAGCAUCGUACAUACCUCUUGCAAGAAGGGAUGCAAAUGAUCAUAUUAAGGCUAAAGAUGUUGAGCAUGGCAAUGAGACUUCAUGGUUUGAAUAUGCCUCGCACUAUACACAUAAUCCACACUAUAACAAUGCUUCACUUGACUCUGUAACCCCUGGAGCUGAAAAGACCCAUUUUGCUGAAGCGUCAGUACAGAAGAACAAUGACCCGAAUAUGGAUGUAGAAUUUGACAUGGAUUUGGAGUAUCUUCGCAUGACAUUCCCUGGUUUAUCCAAUGAGUCUAUUCUAGAUGUCUACUUGGCUAAUAAUGAGGACUUGGAAGCCACUGUUGACAUGCUGAAUCAACUUGAGAUGCGUCCCGAGUGUUCUGGAACCCUUCCCGACACCUUGGAUAUCGGAGAUGUCUCUGAACCAGGGUCUGCAGCACACUGUAGUUCUCUUAAGCUGAAGAAUGUAGCAGGUGAAACAAUUGCUUCUUCUUCUGGCUCUGCACAAUCCGAUGUUGCCUCCUGAUCGACUUUAUCAAAGCAUUCUAGUGGUCUUCCUUUUUCGUUUUUUUUUCUUCAAUUUUUGUGUUUGCGGACAUGAAGUACACAGAUGUAGGGAUGUUUGGUAAAGGCUGGGAAACAUUGUACUGGCCUGUAUAACAUUUAGAGGUUGAACUAAGGCUGUAUAGAGUUGUAUUCUGGUGCUUGCCUCUGA